AUGAGUCAGAAUACAGAUGGUAUGGAGCUGCAGUUUGGGAUCGCUUCUCCCAACCUAUGUCGUGAAGUUGGUCAUCCGAUUCUUUUCUUUUUGGAGAUAACCUGGCGCGGCACUUUGUACCGCGGCUGCGAAGCAAUACAAGGUUUUCUCAUUGUGAAAGAUUAUUUACUUAACACCUCCCCUCCCCCCACUUUAACUGGUGGCCUCUACGCACUGUCGCCACUGCCGCUAGGCAGCCCGGACCUGUCGGGUCCUGUUGCCGGUCUCGAGAGCUAA